AAAGACACGUACGAAAUAGGUAGACACCUUAUCAGAAGUAAUGUUUGAUUAGAAUAAUUUAUUGUUAUUUAUUUCAUUUUGCCGAACGUAGAAAAUAGUUUACGUUUGCUGAUAACAGUUUUAUUUCUUACCGAUUAAAAUUUUAAAUUCAUUGCUCAGUGUAAUAUACAUAUUAUUAUGUUAAAUUGUUUAACGUUGUUCAUUAAUUGAAUUAUACAUUCACGCACAUUUCCAGGUGACGACUGCACAAAUGUGUUGCGUCGACACCGAAAUGAGUAACAAAAAUAAUAUCUUAUGUUUUUGAACUAAAAAAUACACGUUUUACUACAUAUCCUUUAGAUUUUAUAUUUUGAAAUCAAAAAAAAAUGAAAUUUUCGUUUCAUUUCUCAUUGAUAAUUUUACUGCUCAUUCGACACGGCUCGUGUUCACGUCAUUAUGAUAGACACCGUCUUUUACAGUUGAGAUCCGAAGUGAAAGAAAUGUUUGAACAUGCAUAUCACGGCUAUAUGAAAUAUGCUUAUCCUUAUGAUGAGUUACGACCAUUGACAUGUGAUGGUGUGGACACUUGGGGCAGCUAUUCAUUAUCAUUGAUUGAUGCCCUAGACACUCUAGUUGUAAUGGGACUACAUGAUGAAUUUAAUAAGGCAGUUGACUACAUAAAAUACAAUGUUUCCUUUGAUGCAGAUAUCAAUGUAUCAGUUUUUGAGACAAACAUAAGAGUUGUUGGUGGACUGCUAAGCGCUCAUAUGUUAUCCCAUAGAGCCACAACUGAAUUAGAAAUUGGAUGGCCGUGUAAUGGACCACUGUUACGUAUGGCCGAAGAUGUAGCUAGAAGACUAUUACCAGCAUUUGAUACCCCUACUGGUAUGCCUUAUGGGACAGUUAAUCUUCGAUCUGGUGUACCCGAAGGCGAAACAACUGUAACUUGUACAGCAGGAGUCGGUACAUUCAUAUUAGAAUUCGGAACUCUGUCCCGACUAACUGGUGAUUCUAUAUUUGAACAGAAAUACAUUUUCGAUCCGAUGAUGAUUUAAGUGCAUCUUCUACAC